ACGCCACUUCCCGGUCUUAUUUGAUGUUGUUUACAAUCAGUAGGAAGAGGAGAUACAGGUCUUCAUGAUUUCAGGAUAAGAAGCACACAUAUUCUUGACUUACAAAUAAGGAAUAUCAUGACUAAGGGACAAAUGUCACCGAGUCUGUCGAGAUACGUGUCCAAAAAAUAUGUACAGGCCUUAUACCAACUGGAACUAUCAGAUUGGAAAAUAUAUAUAUACAUGUAAUUAUAUAUUUUUUUUUCUGACUUUUUAUUUAUUUAUAGUAAUCUAUGUAUAAGCUUUCUUCUUUAUCUCUUUCUUUCACCGACUUCUUUUAUGCUUUUGAAUACUUACAGUCAAGACGUUUGUCACACCAUAAAGUCAUAUGCUUAAGGCAACUUCCUUGAAUAGAUUUCGACAUUUUUUUGUAAAAGAAAAAUCAAAAAUUAUACUUUCUUAAACACUGCGAAACCCGACGUCUGAACUAAGUAUUGCUUUUAUGCUUUCAUUUUCUUUUAAAUCUGGUAAUAACGAGUGUUUAGCAGUUAAGUAUUCUUCUUUUAGUUACUUGAACCCAAGAAUGAGGAAUUGUUUAGUGUUAUAAAUUAGAAUUAGCACCCGGGGUUUGAAAAAAUGGAAAGGAUGAACGUAAGGAAAUGUUCGUUAGGUAACCAGCAAGUUUCGUAAAAAAUACAUUUCUCCUACUUCUGACACUUCUCUUCUGCAGGAAUAAAUUACGACUCGAAUCUACUUACCAAACUUUUCACAGAAAGCUUCGCAAAAAUUACAUGCUUUCUUAUUGCAACGAUUAGAGACCUUAAUUCCCGAUGGCUACGAUGCUGUGACACAAGGAACACUUCUGCGACAGGAAAAUGAAAAUAACUUUUUUAACAAAGUAUUUCAAGCAUUUUAUAAAACUACAUGCCGCAAGAUCCGCGCCUCCACUAGUAUGGCUACGACUAGCCACAUCUUCCCCUUCUCUGUUCGAGUUCUCACAUUCACAUCGCCAGGGCCCUUCGCCUUCAACGUCUCUUCCUUCUCCUCCUCCUCGAUCCCCGUCUGCUUCUCCUCCUCCUUCUACUUCUCCCAAUCCUCGCAUCCUUUCCUCUUCCUCAUCAGUCUCUCGCAUCUCCCAUAGAGCCAUGACAGGAGAAGCGACAACAUCCCUCAGCCCCACAGCCCGCGUCGGUCCUGCCAAGGCGUCUCUACUGCCGCUGCUGGACGACGCCUUCGCGCAACUCAAAGUGCCGUCCUUCAUCCACGUGAACCUGGACGCCGUGGCCCACAACGUCGAUGUUCUCAAGGGUCUUUCUUCAUCUCAUACAGAGAUUAUGGGCGUUGUGAAGGGUGGUGCUUACGGCUCUGGUCUCCUGCCGGUGGUGGAAGUCCUCCUGGAGAAGGGCGUGAAGGAAUUAUCAGUUGCCACAGUGGCCGAGGGGGUCUACUUGCGGAGGCAUGGGAUACAGGUCCCUAUUACUGUUCUAGGUAACCUACUGCCGUGUGAAGUGAGCGACGUCACACAGCAUCACCUCAUUCCGUCCCUCAGCUGGUCGCACGCCCUCACCUCACUACCUCGAGAGGCCUUGGUUUAUCCGGACGGCUCGAGACUCAAGGCGGCCAUUAACAUCGACACAGGAAUGUCUCGUUACGGCGUCCAACCCGAGGACCUUCCCGCGCUGGUGCAAGAGCUGGACGACCUCGAAGUCAAUAUCUACUCCUUGUAUACGCACUUCCAGUCCGCCAUCACGGAGAGGGAGAAGAACCGCAAACAGCUCGACCUCUUUCUCGAAGCUUCUAAACCUUUCACGUCCCGUGGUAUUACUCGACAUGUGGCAGCUACAACAGGAUGUGUGCAGGACCUUGGGACUGACCUGGACUUCAUAAGACCCGGUGGAGCUAUCACGGGCUUAUGUUCAGGUAGCGACCGAGAAGGAACGGAGCAGUUCGCAAUGAAAGGCUUCCAACCGGCGUUCUCCGUGGUUACUAGGCCUACCUUCUAUAAGCUCCUGAAGGCGGGGCGAGACAUCGGCUACGACGGAACGUACACAACUUCUGAAGACGAGUGGAUCGCCAACUUCACUACGGGGUGGUCUGAUGGCCUCAGUCGACGUCUUAGCAAUGGCGUCGGGGCGGUCAAGAGAGUUAGCACAGGUGAACGGUGCCCCAUCGUGGGUCGAGUGUCCAUGGACUCCAUCACCGUCCGCCUCCCUGAAGAGCCAUCCCCUGGUGAGGUGUUCCAAGUCCUCACCGAUGACUUCGACGACGUGACUUCAGCAGUUGGCAUGGCAAGGAAUCUAGGCGGUGCCACCUACGAGAUGCCCGGAAACUGGUCCACGCGGUUGCCUCGCCUCUACACUCGCAACGGAAAGAUCGUCAGGAUUUGUCCGAGCCUUGAAUACACAUGUUGAGGGAUUUUCGGAAGAUUGAGGGUUCCUCGUUAUAGUGGGUAUGAUUGAUAGUGAUGGUUGUGAAAUGAUGGGAGCAUGUUGAAAUGAUGGGAGCAUGUUGAAAUGAUGAGAGCAUGUAGAAAUGAUGGGAGCAUAUUGAAAUGAUGGGAGUCAUGCGAGUGGCGGGGGAGGGUUUAGAAAGAAUCUGAGUAUCCAUCCUCAGAACUGUCGUAGGUAGAUUUGACAAAGGGUAAUUUUGAAGGACGUUGUAAGAUCCUGAGGCGGAUUUGUACCUUGAAAAUGCAAUUUCAUGCUAUACGAGUCGUUGUAUAGCGUGACUAUAUAUUUUUUAGAAAACUGUGGAGUCAUGGGCUUAACCCUCACGUAUCUAGCACGUAUAAGUCGAUAUUCUUGAUAUUAACACAACAGCACUUUUAAGAGUAAUAUAAUGAUCAGAUGAUGGUGGAUAUCACAGAAUAUUCAUCUUUUCUUUUUUCGUAAUGUACCAAGGUAUGCAAUGAAGAAGAGAUAAUGAUAGUGGAAGACACGGAAGAAGCAACACGCUAAAGGGCGGUACUUCAUUCUUUUAAUAUUUUUAAUAACUCUGAUAGUUUUCCCUUCCCUUAUAAUAUUUAAUAACCAAAUACCUUUGCUUGUAAUUAUAUCAAGUUCAAUUUUCUGUGAAGGAACCAUUACUACGACUCAGAAACGAUGUACAAAUAGACCAGUCACUCUUAGAUAGUUAUAAAUUAUGAAUUUAAAAUAAUCGUUAAAAGCACUGAAAUGGGGUUGGAAUUGCACAAAAUUAAUUUCCUAAGGUUUCAUCCUUUAUAAUUCUUCUUUACUUAUUGAUAUACAAAAUUUGACUCAACGAUGUAGCGAAAUGAAAACAUCGUUGUCAUUAUAGGGAUUUCUAUAUAUAUUGCUGCAUAAUUUGUCCACGUAAGAUUGUUAAUCCUUAUAAGGUUUUCCUUGAAUAUAACUCGUCGUAUAUAGUUUCCAAAGGCAUCGAAAACACACAAAAACACUCAACUACUCUGCCCCCCCCCCAAGUUAAAGAGCAGUAAUUAUUAUUUUUUUUUUUUACCAAAUUAUACCCAAAGGACUUAAAUCCACUAUCUCCACCUUCUUUACACCUCAUAUUCUUAAAAAAUCUUAUUUACCGAAAUUUUAGGCAGUACCUGCCAAAAGGCAGUGGCCACACGUAAAAAUCCAAAUUUCUCAAAACCAUAGUUUAACAUAUACUGCUUUUUAACUUUGGGAGAGUAGUGCUUGUCUGUGUUAAAAGGGAAGUGAUCAUAAAUCUUAAUGUGCAAUGAUUGUCUUCAUAUUUCAUCUUUCUCUCUCUCUAUCUGUAUAUACAUAUAUUAAUAUAUUAAUUUAUUUAUUCAUAAUUUGAUGAUCUUGCGAAACAUCGAAAGCAUUUUGAUGCGGGCCGUGGAAUCAUGCAAUUUAGUUAUUUGUGUGGGAUAUUAUAAAAUAUCAACAUAUAUAUAUAUAUAUAUAUAUAUAUAUAUAUAUAUAUAUAUAUAUAUAUAUCUGUGUGUGUGUGUGUAUGUGUGUGUGUAUGCAUAUAAUAUUUAUGUGCAUGUGUAAGUAUACGUGUUUAAGUGUUCAUGGUUAUGCACAGUACAUAUCGUUUGGUUACACAUAUAGAUUUGAAAAUAUAUAUUCAGGGAUACAUAUGUGAACAUUUUAAAUAAAUUUUUGAAGAUCCUCA